AUGCAGAAAAAGGCCCCUGCCGUGCAGGUCACACUUGGUUUAAAGCUGGGAGAUCAUGAGGGUCUUGCUCUCCUCGUCCAUGGCCGCCUUCUGAAGAGGACCCUGCUUGUUGUCCUGCCUACGAUCCUGAUCCAGAAUCCGAUCCAUAUGUUCCUGAGUUCAGUUCCUGCCCACUGCCAAGUCCAGUCCGGAGCUUCUGGUGCUGCCCGGCAGCUGCUGGCCAUUCUGAUUUUCUGCUGGGUUUAUGUGCGCAAGUAUCAGAGUCGGCGGGAGAGUGAAGUGAUUUCCACCAUAACAGCUAUCUUUGCCUUGGCAGUUGCUCUUAUCUCAUCAGCGCUACUACCAGUGGACAUCUUUUUGGUUUCAUAUAUGAAAAAUCAAAAUGGUACAUUUAAGGACUGGGCUGAUGCUAAUGUUUCAAGACAAAUUGAAGACACUGUACUUUAUGGAUACUACACUUUGUACUCCAUCAUACUGUUCUGUGUCUUUCUGUGGAUUCCCUUUGUCUAUUUCUAUUAUGAGGAGAAGGAAGAAGAUGAUGGCAAGACAUGCUCACAGGUUAAAACUGCACUGAAAUAUACUCUGGGAUUCAUCACAGUUUGUGCAGUUCUUCUCUUAAUUGGUGCUUUUGUUCCGUUGGGUAUUCCCAGCAAGAAGAAUUCCACAGAGUGGGAGAAGGUGAAGCUCCUCUUUGAAGAACUUGGAAGUAGCCAUGGCUUGACUGCUCUUUCAUUUUCCAUUAGUUCCUUGACUGUGAUUGGAAUGUUGGCAGCUAUCACUUACACAGCGUAUGGUAUGUCAGCUUUGCCUCUAAACUUGAUUAAGGGAACUACCAGUGCAGCUUAUGAACUUUUAGAGAACACUGAAGAUAUUGAAGAAGUGGAGCAACAUUUAUUAAGGAUUAAAUCAAAGUGCAGAGAUGGUCGGCCUCUGUCAUCGAGGGACAGACGGACUGUACAACAACUAGAAGAGAGACUAAGGACACUUCGAAGAAGAGAGAGACAUCUGGAGUAUAUUGAGAAAAGUUGGUGGACCAAGUUCUCUGAAGCUAUCCGACCUCUAAAGAUUGUGUGGGGAGUGUUCUUCGUCAUUGUGGCACUGCUAUUCACUGUCUCUUUGUUCUUGUCAAAUUUGGAUAAAGCUCUGCAUUCGGCUGGCUUCGACUUGGGAUUUAUAAUUUUAGGAACUAAUCUGACCAAUCCAUUGAAUAUGCUGUUACCUGUUCUUCAAACAGUUUUUCCACUUGAUUAUAUUCUUAUUACAACUAUUGUUAUGUACUUUAUCUUCACUUCAAUGGCAGGGAUUCGAAAUAUGGGUAUAUGGUUCUUCUGGAUAAGGCUUUACAAAAUCAGACGAGGAAAAACUCGACCUCAGGCACUCUUGUUUCUCUGUAUGAUACUUCUGUUAAUAGUUCUUCAUACAAGUUACAUGAUCUACAGUCUUGCCCCUCAGUAUGUAAUGUAUGGAAGCCAAAAAUACCUGGUACAGAGUAAUAAGACAAUUGAUGGCCAGCCAAGGAAUGUGACAACAUUUGUAUCUAAAAACUGUGAUGCAGAUGCACCUGAAGAUCAGUGUAUUGUUACUCGGACGUACCUCUUUCUUCAUAAAUUUUGGUUCUUCAGUGCUGCCUAUUACUUCGGGAACUGGGCAUUCAUUGCAGUCUUUUUAAUUGGAUUAAUUGUUUCAUGCUGCAAAGGCAAGAAAUCAGUCAUUGAAGGUGAAGUGGAUGAAGAUGAGUCAGACAUGAGUGAUGAUGAACUGUCUGUUUAUUACCGUUGGUAGCCUUUUGCCUUCAAGAUAAAAAAAUGCAAUUUAAAGUUAUGUUGAAAAUCGUACCCGUUUGGAAUUGGUAUCCAAAUAAGCAGCCUUGCACCUGUGAAAACAGGAAAUAAGUGUACUCACUUAAAGGGGUAAAGAACUGAAUAUCACUUCUUGAGUGCCACUGUUAGAACAAAUAUUGAAGCUGGCUUUGAAUAAUAUAUAGAAAAUACUGUUUUAUGAUUAAAUGUAUGUAACUUUCUGAUGUAUAAUUUAAUAAACUAUUGUAACUAUUUCAUAAUUCAUAAUGCUUUUCUGUUAACUUAGGUUUUCUUAAAUACUUUCAUGCC